GUCGCAUUAUGAACACCUGUCCGUUUUUUCGCCAUUUAUCUGUACAUCGAUCCGACGUGACUUGUUUACUAUAAACCCAUCGCCCCUGGAAACAAUUAGUCAGAUAUCACGGAUGGCAGCAUAUGGCGGAAGUGACGUUACAACUAAAAAUGGCGAUCGGAUGAUCCUGAUGGAAUGAUGAAAAUGAAGUUGAUCUCCGUUAAUCAUAUGUUGACAUAUGUCGUCUGAUGCUAGUACGUGUCAUAGUUGGUGAUAGUGAGGAAAAUCAAUUCACGAUUAGUAAUAGUCACAUGAUUGUCAUGUGACUUUGAAUAAUUACAAAUCCUGUAAUGUCUUCCAUUGAUAUGGACAAUGGUGCUGUGGAUGAAACAUCCCAUAAUACUGAAAUCUGUGAUGGUGUAGUGAUCACGGCAACAAAAAUUACAUGUAUGAAAAUGAAUUUGAGAGAAGAUGGAAAUGAUUUUGAUGCUGCAAACUCGCAAGAUACCAGUGAUGAAAAAGAUGAUGCUGAUCAGGAAAGAAUUCUUUGUGAUGGAGACAGAGUUGAUAUUGAUAUUGAUAAUAAAAAUGAAACUUUGAAUGGAAUAAUGAUGAAUUGCUCCAUCACAGAAAUGAAAGACUUGCCUGUUGGGAAGGAUGAAUGUAGUUCAAUGAGAAAUGGCCAAAAAGAUGAAGAAAAUGAUAAAAAUUUGUCGGAUAAUGAUGAGGAGCAGGAAAAGGAAAAUAAUAAUCAACAACGUCUUUUGACGGAUGCAGCUGCUCAACUUGGUGCUAUGAAAGACAUCACCAUGGAAACAGACAGUUAUGAAUGUCAUCAAGAGAAAAAGGAAGAGGUCUGCAAUGAUGAAAAUAAAUGUGAUGUCAUCAAUUCCCCCAUCUUUGGGGAGGAGAUAACAAAUGAGUUACCAAAUAAGGAUGAUGACGUCAUUCCUGAUGGAUGUGUAACUCCAGACUCUGAAUCAAUCAUUGACUUUGAUGAGAACAUUGCCAUAGUUACAGAAGAAAAAACGAAGAAACCAACAUUAGCUGCUGUCGUUAAGGAUGAAACGGGCAAAGGGAAAUUAGUUUAUCAAGUGCUUGGUGAUGCAUCCAGGUUCUCCUAUGCCUGUGUCUGUGCUGUGUCACUAGGUCAUCUAUUUGAAACUGAAUAUGACAGCAACUAUGCCAUCACAAUUAUGUUAUUUGGGUUGGUUAAUGAUAUUAAUAUUCAGGAAUGGUCAUUAAUAAUAAUAUGGGAUGUCAUGUCACGGAAUUUAAAAGAUUUCUCGUACGUGGAUCUACAAUCAUCGAAUGCUUUCAAGCCAUGUGUGGCCAAUACGUUCUGUAUGACUUGUUACGUAGAUCUUCUUCGCCGAGGGAAAACGAAAAUCGCUAUGUUACAGCGUAAACUCAUUCCGUGUAAUGAUUAUGAUUUGGUGACGUUGGCCCUUGGUAGCGGGGAAUAUGAUGCAAGAAUGAGAGUUUUGAUAUUUCAUGUCGCUUGGCAUUUGACGGUGAAGUGGAGACAUCUGGAAAGAUUUGAAGAAGUUUUAGUCAAGAUGUUGAAAGAACAAGAAGAAGAAACAGAAGAACAGAAGAAAGAACGAGCUACAAAUCAAAAAAAGAAAAAAAGAAAACGAUACGCUCUGAUUGGACUAGCUACAGUGGGUGGUGGCGCCCUCAUAGGUUUAACUGCAGGUUUAGCUGCACCGUUGAUUGCAGCAGGUGUAGGUGCAGUGAUAGGGACGUCGGCUGCAGCAGCACUGACCACAACUGCUGGCAUUGCGAUAAUGACGUCGUUAUUUGGUGCUGCUGGUGCUGGGUUAACCGGAUACAAGAUGAAACGACGAGUAGGAGCCAUUGAACAAUUUGAGUUUGCUCCUCUCUCACAAGGAAACAAUUUACAUGUUGCUAUAGCGAUAUCAGGUUGGCUUAGUGAUGAACAACCAGACAACUUCCAUGCACCUUGGAUCAAUUUAGCCAUCUCUAAUGAACAGUACUACCUCAGAUGGGAAUCCAAAUACUUAUUGGAUUUAGGCCGAGCUUUGGAGUAUUUAUUGAAUGGUUUAGUUACCGCAGCAACACAAGAAGCUUUAAAAUACACAGUUUUGUCAGGCCUUUUAGCUGCAUUGAUGUGGCCUGCAACAUUGCUAUCAGUGGCAAGUGUCAUAGACAAUCCUUGGGGCGUAGCGAUGCAAAGAUCCACUGAAGUCGGUCACCAGUUAGCGGAUGUCAUCAUGUCAAAACAACAGGGUCAUCGCCCGGUCACACUUAUUGGGUUUAGUCUUGGUGCAAAAGUCAUCUACAAUUGUCUUGAAGAAAUGCUAAAGAGAAAAG